AUGCGAACGGUGUUGGUACUUGGAUGGGUGCUGGUUGGAGUGACAGCCGGCCAGUAUGACCCGGAUUGCAAAUGGAGGGAUAAUGUGACCUCCGUCGACGAGAUUGCCCACCACAAAUACCAGGUGCUGGAGGACUGCCUCUACUACAAAUUGAGCCGAGAUGCCGAUAAAUUGCAAAGCAAGGGCAACGCUCUGAUGCUACUGCCGCCGACAGUGGCCGCCGGGGAGACGCUCGAUUUGGAGAUCAUGGAUGUGCAGCUCCGCCAGAUGUGGAUUAAUGAGGUCUUCAAGGAGAUGAACAUGAACGGCUACAUUAAUUUGUCGUGGAAAGACCGGCGACUCCGCUGGGAUCUCGGCGACUACAAGACCGACAACAUCAACAUCAAGAGCUUUGGCAAGAUUUGGGUGCCGGACAUCAACUCCGUCAACUACCAAACCGCCUCCUCCACCAGCGACUACACCUCAUACCAAGGCAUCAAUGCCAAGUACACCGGCAACAUCACCGCCCGACUGGAAUUCCGGAUGCAGGCGGAAUGUCAGGUCGACUACUCCGAUUUCCCGAAUGAUGUGAAGCACUGCUGCUUCAACCUGCGUUCCUCAUUAUACAAAUACUACAUAAAAUACUUCCUCAUCGGCUCGGAGCAGCUGAACGUCGACAACUUGAGGACGAAUUGGCACAUUGCCGACUCGUGGAUUAAGAAGACGAAUCAGGAUGGCGAUAUUAAGGCUGAACAGCUCGAAGUCUGCGUCACGGCCCGCCGCAAGUCCUCCACCCUCUCCAUCGAGCUCCUCGUCCCAGUCACCGUCUCGGCCCUGUUGCUGAUCAUUGCCCCAUUCUUCGGCAAGUUCAAGGAGCAGAUUCAUGUGAAGAUGUUCUCCCUUCUGAUCCAGUUCCUCUCCUUCCAACUGCUGGUGAACAAGACGCCGCAAGUUGGAUUCGGGGAGCACGUGCCAAAGAUUUACGUCUUCUACGCGUUCACCCUGUCGAUGACCAUCAUCUCCUUAAUUAUUACUGUCAUCAUUGCGGCUAUCGCCAGAGUGCCGAGGAAGUUGCCGCCAGCGCAUCGCUACACCCUCCUUGCCAACGUCCUCAACGCCAACAUCUGCUGCGGCAUGGAGGAGACCCCGGUCACCGAUGGCACCUCGACAAAGGACACAGCCGCUGACUGGCUCCAAAUCCACGUGGCCGUCAACAACCUGGUAGCGCUGUUCGUGCUCCUCUUCUAUGUCAUCGGAGCUAUCGUCAUCAUCUGC